AAACUAACCCCAAAAGAAACACACUCAAAAAGUUUUGAAUUUUGUCCCAUUUAACAAAAAGCUUCCAUCCAUGGCAGCCCUCUCUCUGUAAUCUCUCUCUCUCUCUUUUUCUUUCUUCAAUCUCCAUGGGAAGAGCUCCUUGUUGUGACAAAGCCAGUGUUAAGAGAGGGCCAUGGUCACCUCAAGAAGACGCCACACUCACUGCCUUUAUUCAUAAACAUGGCACCGGUGGCAAUUGGAUCGCUCUCCCUCAUAAAGCAGGGCUUAAUCGAUGCGGGAAGAGCUGCCGGCUAAGGUGGCUGAAUUAUCUCCGACCUGAUAUUAAACAUGGAGGUUUCACUCAAGAGGAAGAUAAUGUUAUUUGUUCUCUCUAUUCCACCAUUGGAAGUAGGUGGGCGAUAAUUGCAUCACAAUUACCUGGAAGAACAGACAAUGACGUGAAAAACCACUGGAAUACCAAGUUAAAGAAGAAGUUCAAUAAUUCACUCUCUGAACCACCAAAUUCCACCAUGAUUGUUACCGACCCGUCGCGAUAUUCCUCAACGACUGCAAAUUCCUUAAAAGUACUCCAUAAUGAUCAUGAACACAACAUCAACACCAACUAUAACAUGUUUUCAAGCCAUCCUCGUUUUGAUCAAAUUCCAAUGUUGAACAACAACAAUAAUCCAAUAAUACCAGAAUUAUCCACUUCCUCAUCUUCAAUUUCAUUACCCAAUAUCGAGCAAAACCACCUCGAAGAAUUUUCCGGUCCCGGCUCCGACGAGGCGGAAAUCAUCCUACAAAGUUAUUUCCAUGGGGUUUAUGAUUAUAAUCAAUACCCAUAUGAAGAUGAUGUUAUGGAAGGAUUUGGUGUGAGUAAUUAUAUGGGAUUAUGAUGAUGAUGAUUAUAAUUAAUAUUAAUCAAUUAAUUAGAAUUGUUGAGGACUUGGUCAAAAGAGAAAAGGACAUUUUAUGUGUUUGUUUGAAUUUAAUGAUUCAUAUCAUAUGAAGUCAUCUAAAGACUUUUAUGUUUGUU